AUGGCUUCCUCUGUACCUUCCCUGAAAACUAUAUCGAAGUUCGCCCUGGGCAGUGUCCAAGUCCUCUUAGGAUCAGGCGCAACAGUGCUGGGUGGAACCCCAGCAACAUGCUCAAACUCCCAGCUCAGCUGUCAUAAUACUACUGCAGUCGCAAACACUUGCUGCUUCAAUGCACCAGGCGGACAGCUUCUCCAAACCCAGUUCUGGGAUACCAACCCUCCUACCGGACCCUCGGACGCCUGGACGAUCCACGGACUAUGGCCCGAUAACUGCGAUGGUACCUAUGAAGCUAGCUGCGACUCGAAGCGCGAGUAUACUAAUAUCUCUGCUAUCCUCAAUGCCAACGGCAAGCAGUCAACACUCUCAUACAUGAACACAUAUUGGAAAGACUAUCAAGGCAAUGACGAAACCUUCUGGGCGCAUGAGUGGGGGAAGCAUGGCACAUGCAUCAGCACAUACGAGCCCUCCUGUUAUUCCAGUUUUUCUCCUACCGAGGAAGUUGCAGACUUCUUUGAAAAGACUGUCACACUCUUUAAGGCGCUGCCGUCUUAUCAAUGGCUGUCCGAAGCCGGCAUCAUACCCUCGUCCAGUAGCACAUAUACAUCCGCUCAAAUCCAGAGCGCCCUCUCGGCCAAGCAUGGAUAUCAAGUCACACUCGGCUGCUCCAGUGGCGCACUCAACGAGAUCUGGUAUCACUACAACGUCAAGGGCUCCGUGCAGACUGGAGAAUUUGUAGCAACUGACCCUGAUGGUACCAAGUCCACUUGCCCAUCCACGGGUGUCAAGUACCUUCCUAAGGGCUCUUCAGGCGGUGGCACGAAGACAACGUCCAUCGGCCCUGCGCCAACAGGAGCUCCAUUUUCUGGCAAAGGAUACUUAAAUGGCAACUCUGGAGGCUCACAGAAAGGUUGCAUUAUCAGUGCUGGAACUUGGUACAGCUCUGGUACUUGUGCUACCUUCACAGCGACUUCUUCUGGUAGCGGGUUUACUCUAUCAUCUAGCAAAGGUCCUUGUGCUAUUCAGUCUGGCACACUCACCUGUGCUUCUGGUACUACCGCUACCGUGUUCACAUCGGACAACGGCAAGCUCGCCUCGGGUGGAAGCUCGACAUUCUAUGCAGAUUCUGUCCCAUCCGGGUCGACGCAGCAGAAGGUGUACACGUCUAGCCACGCGACUUCGUUGACGAUUACAUGGCAGGCUGUUUGA